UUAGAGCAAACUAGUUUGCGGAUAGGGCGGUCCUGGGUUGAAUUUGAAAAUUCUACUCGAGGAGUAGAGUAGCAUAUUGACUCAUCAGAACAAAGAGAACCAAGAUUUUUUUUAUUCUCUUUUAUUAAUCAAAUGUUAUUUUACCCGCCGAAUAGAAUUUUGGGGCGCAGCUCUAGAAUUAAAAAAUAAACCAUUAAGGUUAAGUUUUGUAAUAUAAUCGAAUAUCGCAGUACAUAAUUUGUUAUAACGUGUGCAAGAUGUAUGAUAUUUCGAGUGAUAAUAAAAUGGUACAAUGUCCUUACAACAAGUGUCAUAUUAUGCCUAGUUCGAGUCUUCAACGACACCUUGUAAAUUGCGAAAAGAAUUACAGGGAAAAUGACAAAGUCAUUUGCCCAUACAAUGCAACUCACCGUCUGAACAAAUUAGAGAUCGCAGAACAUAUUAAAAUAUGUCCUACGAAGAAGGUUGUUGAGACCUGCCACAUUGAACAAUACAGUACUUUGACCUCAGCAAAACGGACAAAUGAAUCUAGUUUUACAAGUAUAUUUGAAGAUAGUGAAGAAGAACAAAUGGAAGCAUUCUCAAGAUUCAAAGCUUCAACAUACAUAAAUCAAAAUGAUGAAUCUGAAAGUGAUGAUGUGGAAUCAUUCGUUAGUUCAGUAGGCAUGGGACGAGGUAGGCUAAAUAGACGUGAUAAUGUUCCUAUAAGACUCAGGUUUUCAAAGAGAGGUUAUAAUUCCUAGACUAUAGAAAACAAGACUAAUAAAAACAUAUAAGAUAGCAACUACUCUCUUAAACAUAUUCAUUUCUCAAGAUAAAAAUUAUUUAGUUAUUAAUUAUAUGUACUACUUAAAGUUUAUAACUUUGUCAUUUCAACAAAAUAUUUUUUGUGUUAAAUUUUCUUUAUUUUUUUAUUUUACAUCAAUUCUAAUAUUUACAAGUAUCAUAUCUCAAAUAUUUAUCCACAUUAAUUGAAAGAGUAUAUACUAGUAUAUGUGCAGGAGACAUCAAAUAUUCGAAUGUCAGUCAGAAUGGACGAACAUAUUUUUGAAUCUAUAUACAAAUAGCACAUUUUUUAAAUUUCAUCAAUACAUUCUUAAAUAUACUUCUCUUUUGUAUUUUUUCUCAAUUUAAUUAGUUUAUAUACUAUAUUUAUAUAAUAGUUUUAAGUAUAAUGCAUACUAAAGUUUUUAACUUUUAUAUUAAGACUUACUCUAGGCUGCAAUAUAGCCAAAAAAUAUAACAAAUAAUACAACUUUACUACCAAAGAAUAAUGAUCUAUCUAAAUGGAAUUACUUAAUUUAUGAUUAAAUAGUUCUAAUGCUCACAUCAUAUUUUUAAAUUCUUGUAUGUUGAUAUUUAAUAUGGGGAUGAUAAGUACUUUGAAUAAUUUUCUCAUGAUCCAUUCUGUAUAAUAUCACAAUAUAUGAUGCGAAAUACAUAAAGUUCAUAUUUACACUUAAUGACACUAUAUAUUCUAAUGUUGUCAAAAUAACAAUGUCUGGCACUAUUCAAGCAGAAAAUCAUAAUUGUUGAAAGCACAUAAUAUAAGGUAAAUGCAGCAAUUACUUUCAAAAGAAACUAAAAAAAUUGUACGACAGAGCAUAUAAAUUGUGUAAUAGAACAUAUUAUGAAAAAAUAUGUUUAACUAUAGUUUAAAAUUUUAUGUAACAUGGUUAAAAUCUAAGUUUCUUAAGUAUUGUAAUUUCUUCGGAAUGUUAUACUCAUAUCUUUCUCUGUAACACAAAAUACAUAGACCAAGUGAUAGUUAAUAAACAAUACAUAAAGAACAA